AUUGGUCAGAUGAAGGUAAGUUUACCAAUGUUUCGUAUCUGGGAAUUAAAAACUAGGACAUCAAAGUUAGCGUUGCCCAGAAUUUGUCAUUCAAACUCUCAAUCAUGGAUGGAUGCAGUCAAAAUUCCAGUGAUGUGCAAUUGUUCUUCGAUAAAUCGACAGAGGUAGUCGUCUAUCCUGAUCUGUUUCCCGAGGAACCUCCAUUGUUGGAAGCCGAAAUCAAACGUGGAUUCAAAGAGCUCAAGAAAAGGCAACAACUAGCUUCGAAAAGCAAACGGAAAGCGAAAAAAGAAGCACAGAAGGAUGCUCCCAAGGUCACAAAGAUAAUCUACCCUGCCCCGGCAAAGUUUUCCGGAUGUCGACACAACGAAACCAUCAUUAUCAACAGAGAAAUUUUGAAUCCCAAUAUGCAUCUUCGACUGUUGGCGAUGCCUCGAGUCAAACCAACGCCACAGUACGCUCGUAUCGUACGUAAAACCCUGCCACCUCCUACCAACCAUAUCAAAACUCUAGCCCAACCCAAGGCGAACUACGUAAGAGAUACAAUCAAUCUCCAUUCCGCACAUCUCAAACCGCACCAGAUCGAAAGAAUGAAGGAACGUUUGAACGCGCGAGACUAUCUCACUAUAGCCGAGUCACGCCAAUUUGCCCGCCAACAGAAAAAGGACGAAAUUCGUUGGCUCCGUCACCGAAAGCGGCAAGAACGUAUCCUCAAAAAGAAAAUAGUGCGUUUGGAGUUAGACUAUCUACAGGACAUUAUGGCAAAAGUCUAUCGACAAACCAGAAACUAUUUCCUAAAUGAUGACGAACUUCCUUUAGAAGACGAACUAGCGAUUGCGUCCGAAGUGAUACUAACAAAAAUCUGUGACCUAAUUGGCGUUGAUGUCCCGCAAAGAGAUGGCGCGCAUAUAUUGGAUAAAUAUUACUGUCAACUGGGCGAUAAAGCAGCAAUGUGGAUGUGGAGGAUCAUGCAGUCUGCUAAUGUAACCUUUGAACGGCCCGAAGAUGUUGUAAAACGGCUCUCAGCAGCGUCAAGCUUGUUCGAGGAUCCAACUAAAUUGAAGCAAGAGAACAUCGAAGAGUCUGAAGGCGAAGAAGAACUGAUCGUUGACGAUUCUACGCGGGACAUAAUCAAGCACAUUGUGGAAUCCUGUAUAGCAACAGCGCUGUUGGCUCUUAAUAACCUGGAAAGCGACAACACUACAGAAGAAAACAGCUACGGUGUUCUUUUAAGUGUGUCUCAAACGGCGAUACGGAGUGCCCCUAGUGAAGAGACUACAAAGACCGAACGAGAAAAGGGAUCCAAAGUUAACUUCAUACCGCGCACGUCAUCGAUUAAAGUAGAAAUGAGUCAGUUGAAAAACGAGGAUGAUGAUGAGGUGGAACAAUGAAAACGUUUUGAAAUAGAAAA